AUGAAUGAGGAUUCUAUCAAAGAAACCUUUGAAACAGAGGAAGAUCAGCUAAAACAUGGUCUUCUCCAUGGAGGGUUCAACCUCCAUGAUCUUCCUCGACUCCCAUCCAAUGUCGUCAAACUGUACGUCUGCGCAAACAGGAAAGAGUUUGAAAAGGAACGAGAGAUUUUAAUCAGAGAGGUGUAUCCCGACCUGAGACGUUACUGCCGGGACAAUCAUGGAGUGGACUUUCACGCUGUUGAUUUACGAUGGGGAUCAAGGAAGGAAGUGGAUGUAUUCCAGCCGAUGUUUCUGCGAGAACUUCAACUGUGUCAGAAAGACACAAUGGGUCCAAAUAUACUUUGCAUGUUAAGUGAAGAUGAGGAAGUGUGGUAUCCGCCAUUGGAGGUGGAAAAAGACGAGUACGAAACUUUACUGGAAUUCUUAGCUUCCUGUGGAUUUGAAGACGAGGCUCUCUUUGUGGAUAGGUACUACAAGGAAGACAAAAAUGGCCCUACACCAUACUACUAUUUACAAGUGGACUUCCAACAGACUUAUUCUGACGAAUGGUCUAGCACACUUUGUCUUCUUCAACAAAUCUUUCUGAAAGCAUCCGAAGCUUGUCUGCAGAAAGGAAUGAUUGACACUGAAACUUACAUGGAGUUCAAGCCUAUAGGCUUAGAGAACGAAGUUGAAACAGGAAUCCUUGCAGUUGAUCGGAAACAUAGGGAAAGAAACUGCAUCUUGUACGUAAAAGGAUUAUUACAAGAAGGAAAAGAGAGUACAGUAGAUGACAACAGUAGUUCUUGUACAGAGAGUACCAUUAGUAACGGUUUCCUACCAAGCAGUCUCAGAGAAACAGUGUAUGAAAAUAUGCGAGGAAGCGUGAACGUUAUAACUGAGCCUGUAGAUGAUGUAUCACUUGAAAAGUUAGAAUUUUCUAAAACGUUUGCAAACAAAGUCUACUGUUCAGUGAAAGAAAUCGUGGAUGAGUCGAUCAGAAAUCAAAAUCCCGUGCAAAGAGAUCCUUUUUUCAGGGAAAUUUACAACCAGUGGAAUUUUCUUAAAUCUUCUCAGUGUCCAUUUCUGGAGAGAGAUGAUUUGAUGUCUGCAACGAAGGAUUAUUUUCUAUCAGAAACAGAUAGACCUUUGGCAAUUAUCGGUGAAAAUGGAGCAGGGAAGACCUCUGCAUUGGCGAAGAUUAUCAGAGAUGUGAAUACCGCCAUAUAUAACAAAGACUUGACGAUGAGGACAGCUAUUGUGUUCCGAUUUGUAGGAGAGACUCAAGUUGUCACCGCACGACAGUUUCUCUUCAAUCUUUGUCUUCAUUUGGUCGACUUGAUGGGAAAGGAUCGAAGCGAAAUCCCCACGGAUUACAAACAGUUGAAAUACUUUUUCUCAGAGCUUCUUCUCAGUGGAGAAUUUGGCGGCAUGCUAAUAAUUCUUCUAGAUUCGGUGGAUCUGCUAGAAGAUAAUCACAACUUCGAAUGGCUCCCAAUAAAAAUAGCAGUAAAUGUCAAAUUGAUUGUAUCAUGUAGUUCAAACAGGACAGAAUUGUUCACUCAUUUGUUAGAUAGAUGUAAAGACAGUGUCCACUUUCUAUCACCACUGUCCUCUACCGAGUGUGAAAGGAUUUUCAGAGCUUCCCUGAGCACUAGUUGGAGGUCGGUAACAUACGAACAAAUGUCCAUUGUAAAAGACGCAUUCCAGGUAUGCACCUUACCAUUGUUUUUGUCAAUGGCUAUCGAGGAGGCUAAACGUUGGCAUUCCUACGACGACAUGAAUUUUUGUUUCAUCGGAGAAAGCGUUGGAGAAAACAUAAACGCCCUAUUUGAACGCAUUGAAAAAGAGCAUGAAACCUUGCUUGUAUCGCAUUUUCUUGGUUACCUCACUGCUGCAAACCUGGGAUUGAGCGAGGCCGAAUUACUGGAUAUUAUGUCAAUCGAUGAAGCGUUGCUUGAUGACGUCACUGCAUGCUGCAAAACUACCAUUAGAAGAAUGCCGGCGUAUCUCCCAGCGCGUUUGUUACAAGAUCUUGAACCCUUUAUCACAGAGAGGGAAGUUGAUGGGAUACUGGUGCUAUCAUGGAAGCACAGGCAAUUUCAAGAUGCAGCCGCUAAGAAAUAUUUAAGUGAAGAGAAAUUCGUGGAGGAUCUGCAUUCAAACAUUGCGGACUACUUCUUGGGAACAUGGGGAGGAUCCAUAAGAAAACCAUAUCAUGAAAGCAAUAAAUCUCAUCUUCAAAAAAGAGAAAAUGAAGCAUGUCGAUUUUUAUGCGAGCAACCAAAUCAUUUUGGAAGUACAGAAGCAAUGACAACUUACAAUCUGAGGAAGUUCCGACAUCUUCCCUUCAGCCUCCGAAGAAGUAAUCGCCUGGAUGAUUUGAAGAAAUAUGUACUGUGUGAUUUAGAUUACAUGUUUGACAAAAUUAAGUCCUCGACAUUUCAGGAACUCUUGAGAGACUACAAUGACGCACCAGAUCGAGAAAUUCAACUUGUAGAGGAUGCAUUAAAAAUGGCAAAACCAACAAUUGAAAAGGACAUAAAUUGUUUAGGAGCGGAGUUGUCAGGUCGACUGCUUGAACACACUAAAUCCUAUAAAUAUAUUCGCCAACUUGUGCACAACUGUGACUUGUACGCUCAAAGAAACUGUCCUUUGAUUCCCAACUGCCAAUGUUACAAUACGCCAGGUGGGCUGCUGCAAUACAGUUUUAACGCCGAAAGUGCAUCAAAUAUUUCCUUUCAUCAAAGUCCGUGUGGUAUUUUUCUUACAGCUAAAACUGCCGGUUCCCUUUCGUUAAGAGCGUGGGAGAUUUCAAAGGGGGAUCCAAGGCCUGAAAUAGUGAUGCCUUUUGGUCAAAUAUACGCGACUAAGGACGGAAGUUUUCUAAACGUUUUUUGCAAUGACGGAACUGUUAAAAUUUUUCGUUCCGAUUGUGGUGAACUUUACGAUUCAAUCGAGUACAAAUAUGACGAUAUUGCAAGUGUUUGUGUUUCGAAAAAGUAUCUAGCACUUGCAUUGCAAAGGGAAACAGGUCCAUAUCUUAUCGACGUAACGGAAGCAUCCCUAAUUCACAGAUUUAGCUACCAUUCACGGAGCAUGGCAUUUAAUUCUCAGGAAACACAUUUUGUUUGUGAGUCAGGUCGUAAUAUUUACCUAUUUGAAUUACCACGAUUAGUGCGAAAAUGCACUGGAGAAGCAAGUGAUGUCCCGAAACAAAUUGUCCUUUGUGGAGAUAAAAAAUGUUUUGUCGUCACCAAAAGCAAACAAGUUGAAACUAUCAUUUUUGACAUCACUAACAAACACUAUAGGCGUAACAACCUAAUGACUGACAUCGAUAUCCGUGAUAUGAAGUUGUCCAACACUGGAUUUAUUCUAGUCAUUAUGACUGGAAAGAGUCUUCGCCUGUUUUCAACCAGUACGGAAAAGCAGAAGUUCAUUAAUAAUGACUUGCCGCCUUGUUGUUUGACAUAUCCGUCUUCUAACUACGCCAGUGUGUCAUUCUCCGUUGAUGAUAAGUUGUUAAUAGGAAUAAGAGGCUACUUUGUUCUCAUUUGGAAAACAGACACCGGGAAACUUGCACGUGUUUUGCAGACCGGAAAUACCCCGCUCUUGAAAUUGCUGACGUCAUCUGCAACUAAUAAAGCAGUGACACUGUCAGCUGACAACGAUGUCCAGAUCUGGGAUUUGAGCAAUGUUGAUUAUCCAACUAGACAUACUGACAAAGUAUUUCAAAAUCCAGUCAAAAUUACUGAAGUCCUUCACGCCAAACAUCAAGUCGUCUGCUUAGGAUCAAAUCAAGAAGACGUAAAAAUUGUUAACAGCAGUAGUGGACAAAUCGAACACGUUUUACGGAACGACGAUGAUGUUGGUCCUGUCCAUGAUUUCAUAGUAUCUAAAGAUGGCAAUUAUGUCAUAACACGAAUUAAUUCCCAAAGCCUAAGAGGUCAAUCCUCUACAGAAGCCAUCCUCUAUGAUGAUUUAUUGUGGGAUGUCAAGAGUGGUAGUAAAAUUCGACAUGUCUUCGACAGUCGCUUUGCCGUUUUCUCCAAUAACUGCCGAACCUUGGUGUUUGUAACUUGUGUGAAUCUUUCCAAAAACUGGAGAAAUAACGUCUACAACUUAGAAACCACAGCUCUGGACUCUGAUUUCAAUUUUCUAUGCGAUUUUCCCGAGAAGACAGAGUUUUUGACCACACCCUGUGUUGUUUCUGAAGAGGAAUUUAGUUACAUCGUAGGAGUUGUCAAAACAGGUGCGCCGGCGGACACUGAAAGUAAAGAUGAAAUCAACACCCAACUUCUUGUUAGAGGACUGUUCAGUCCCUCAGCAACGUACAGAAUGAUUGGAAUCAGAGAUAUUGUUCAGACACUGGGUGAGGAGGAUACUUUUCUAGAUGCCUUUCCAUAUCAAGAAUGUAGCUGCUUGAUCGUUUACGAGAACAGGAAGGGGUUGAACAAUUCAAAGAGCUCCAACCCUUAUCCAAAAGGGGCUGUAGUUUAUAAUGUUGAAAAGGAAGAAUGUCUUUUUCACUUCUCUUCAUUUUUAGAACCAACAACAGAUGUAUCCAGGAUCAAAUUUUCAUCAAAUAAUAAAGUUAUCCUGGAUAAUAAUGGAAAUGUAUUCACAGCAGAAUCAAAUUUUAAAGUGCCAAAUACACGAAGCAAAGGACUGGACUUAAGAUAUUCACGUCUAGCAUUGAAAGGGCAGCACAUUAUUGGACUAACCAAAGAUCGCACUGAGUUAACAGUGGUUCGAUCCAGCGAUGGUGUCCAGAAUGCAAAAAUCCCUGUUCACGGCCGAGGAUGUUGCCUGAGCGUGGACCACGACGACAGAACCAUCGUAGUUGGCUGUGAGGACGGAAGAGUCAUGGUGUGGAGUCUGAUUUUACACCUGAGUGAUCCCAUGGCGGAACUCAUUUCAAAACUUCCCAGUCGAGUGUCCAAUCCUAAUAAAGUGACUGACAAUCAAGCAGUGGAUUUGUUGCAAAACGAUAUAAAAUAUAUAGAGGGUCGAAAACCAGCACAGCCAACGAUCACCAGUCAGACUGACAUCAGAAGACCACCAAGUCAUCAGACCGUGUCCACCGCAGUGUUUCUGACACAGCAAACAAGUCUGGGGAGAGAGACACCCUGUCAUGUACAAUAACAAACAUUAAUAGUAUUAUUUAAUUUGGAGUUUUUGUGCCAAUUACUAAUAAAUGAAAUUUUGCAUUGAAAUGAUGGAAUACUGGAUAUACAUAAAUGUUCAAACAAA